AUGACCCCGCGACGAUUCAUGGCUUGCACGGCGAUGGCUUUUGCUUGGACCAGUGGACAAAUGCCUCCCUACCUCUGGGGUGCAAUCCCUCCGAUCAUCUACGGUGACAUAGGAGGAACCGAUCGUUGGGUCUGGUUCAUCACAGCGAAUCUCAUCUGCCUAGCAGCGAUCUGCCCAUUCGUUGGCGCCCUGUCUGAUAUCCUUGGUCGUCGAUAUGUUGUAAUAAUGGGCAGCCUAUUUAUCAUUGUGGGGCAAAUCGUUUGCACGACUGCGCAUACUAUGAACGUUUUUAUCUGCGGCAUGGCCCUCUCUGGAGUUGGUGCUGGCAUCAACGAGUUGACCGCCAUUGCGGGGACGGCUGAACUCGCACCAACCUCGCAGCGAGGCAUCUACGUCGCGGCUCUGAUAAUGACCAUCCUCCCGUGGUGCCCGUCUGUUCUUUGGGCUCAGCUUAUUGCGGCCAACUCGGGUUGGAGAUAUGUCGGCGUCAUGAUCAUCGUUUACACUGCGGUCGGUCUGCUGGUUGCCGUCUUCUUUUAUUUUCCCCCGCCUCGCAGCGUCACUUCCACACUUUCUCGAAAGGAAGUCUUCGAGCGCAUCGACCUUUUGGGGGGUCUAACUUCAAUCGCCGGCAUCACGCUGGUGGUUGCUGCCAUCUUGUGGGGUGGUUAUACAUACUCAUGGCGUAGCGUUCAUGUCAUAGCUCCAUUGAUCAUCGGCGUAUGCGCAUUUGCCGGAUUCGUUUGCUGGGAGAUUUGGGGCGCCAAAUAUCCGAUGAUUCCCAAAAACUUCGGCAAAGCCCCACGAACCUUGGCAAUUCUUUUGCUCAUCAGCUUUAUUUCCGGCGCAAACUUCUUCUCAGUCCUGAUGCUCUGGCCCACGCAAGCCUUCAACGUAUAUGGCCAUGAUCCCGUCGCCGUUGGACUACGAGGUCUUCCUUUCGGACUCGGUGUCAUGCUUGGAUGUGUCAUUACGUUGGGACUCAUGAGUCGUCUGCGAGGCCAGGGCAUUCGAUGGCUUCUGACUGUUGCGUCUUGCGUCAUGACAGCUGGAUGCGGAGCUUUGGCUGCAGCCGACUUGGACAACGAGAAAAUUGUCUAUCCGAUUCUUCUCAUCGCAGGCCUCGGUAAGUUGACUCCAUUGCUUAUAGCGCGUGUGUCGGGUGCAAUGGUUGCGAGUGGUGUUACAGACCCAGACACCAUAAAGGCGGCGAUUGGGCUAACAGCCACGUCACUCAUCAAGGAAAUAAUGCUUCUGCCGGGAAUUGAUGGCAACGUCACAAAAUGGGACGCUGUGGUCACAGCGGGUCAGUCGGCGUAUGCUGAUGCGUAUCAGUGGGUUUAUUAUUGCAGCAUCGCUUUUGGUGGCGUUUCCGUUUUGGCAAGUUUGUUUGUGGAGGACAUUGCGCAAUUCAUGGAUGACCAUAUUGCCGUGGUCAUCUAG